AUGGGGAAUACAACAAUGUCCUUGCUUCACUUCUUUAUCUCUGAAACAGAGUUGACCAUGCAUACUUCUUUACCUCUCCCCUUUGAGGUUUCAGUUAACUCCUUCAGCCAAGCCCCAGCCCAGCGACAGCCAACGCCUGUUGCAGAGCGGCGGCUUCGAAGCCGCCGCCCAGGAGCUGCCCUUUCCUCUUCGGUGAAGUUUCUAAAAGCUACGGGAGACUCGGAGGAAGCGAGGAAAGUGUCCGAUACUCGGCCCCCCCAGGGGCUGGCAAGCCAGGAGGGUGACUACUCUGCCUCCGAAGUGUGGUAUCCUGGUGGAGUUGUGAACAGAGUACCCUAUCCCAGUCCCAGCUGUGUCAAAAGUGAAAUGGGACCUUGGAUGGAGAACUACUCCGGACCUUAUGGAGACAUGCGUUUGGACAGUACCAGGGACCACGUUUUACCCAUCGACUAUUACUUUCCACCCCAGAAGACCUGCCUGAUCUGUGGAGAUGAAGCUUCUGGCUGUCAUUACGGAGCUCUCACUUGUGGCAGCUGCAAGGUCUUCUUCAAAAGAGCUGCUGAAGGGAAACAGAAGUAUCUAUGUGCCAGCAGAAAUGAUUGCACCAUUGAUAAAUUUCGGAGAAAAAAUUGUCCCUCUUGUCGUCUCCGGAAAUGUUAUGAAGCAGGGAUGACUCUGGGAGCUCGUAAGCUGAAGAAACUUGGAAACCUAAAACUACAGGAGGAAGGAGAAAACUCCAAUGCUGGAAGCCCCACUGAGGACCCAUCCCAGAAGAUGACUGUAUCACACAUUGAAGGCUAUGAGUGUCAGCCUAUCUUUCUUAAUGUCCUGGAAGCCAUUGAGCCAGGAGUGGUGUGUGCUGGACAUGACAACAACCAGCCUGAUUCCUUUGCUGCCUUGUUAUCUAGCCUCAAUGAGCUUGGCGAAAGGCAGCUUGUCCAUGUGGUCAAGUGGGCCAAGGCCUUGCCUGGCUUCCGCAACUUGCAUGUGGAUGACCAGAUGGCAGUCAUUCAGUAUUCCUGGAUGGGACUGAUGGUAUUUGCCAUGGGUUGGCGGUCCUUCACUAAUGUCAACUCCAGGAUGCUGUACUUUGCACCUGACCUGGUUUUCAAUGAGUACCGCAUGCACAAGUCUCGGAUGUACAGCCAGUGCGUGAGGAUGAGGCACCUUUCUCAAGAGUUUGGAUGGCUCCAGAUAACCCCCCAGGAAUUCCUGUGCAUGAAAGCACUGCUACUCUUCAGCAUUAUUCCAGUGGAUGGGCUGAAAAAUCAAAAAUUCUUUGAUGAACUUCGAAUGAACUACAUCAAGGAACUCGAUCGCAUCAUUGCAUGCAAAAGAAAAAAUCCUACAUCCUGCUCAAGGCGCUUCUACCAACUCACCAAGCUCCUGGAUUCUGUGCAGCCUAUUGCAAGAGAGCUGCAUCAGUUCACUUUUGACCUGCUAAUCAAGUCCCAUAUGGUGAGCGUGGACUUUCCUGAAAUGAUGGCAGAGAUCAUCUCUGUGCAAGUGCCCAAGAUCCUUUCUGGGAAAGUCAAGCCCAUCUAUUUCCACACACAGUGAAGAUUUGGAAACCCUAAUACCCAAACCUACCUUGUUCCCUUUUCAGAUGUCUUCUGCCUGUUAUAUAACUCUGCACUACUUCUCUGCAGUGCCUUGGGGGAAAUUCCUCUACUGAUGUACAGUCUGUUGUGAACAUGUUCCUUAGUUCUAUUUCCUGGGCUUUUCCUUCUUUCUUUUUCUUCUUCUCUCCCUCUUUCACUCUCCCAUGGCACAUUUUGACUCUGCUGUGUAUUGUGGCUCCUGCCUGUGUUUUGAGUUGUGCUUUAUUUCUUUGAAUCUGUGAUGAUCCUCUUGUGGCCCAGUGUCAAUUGUGCUUGUUUAUAGCACUGUGCUGUGUGUCAACCAAGCAAAUGUUUACUCACCUUAUGCCAUGGCAAAUUUAGACAGCUAUAAGUAUCUGGGGGGAAGAAACAAACAGAGAAAAUAAAAAGCAAAGCAAAACAAAAACAAAAACAAAACAAAACCAACAAACAAAACAUGCUAGGUUUGUUUCUUCGUGGUAUACAAAUAAACACAUAGGAUUCCCAAAGAAGCCAACAGUGACUAGAAGAAAGUAAAAAAAAAAAAAAAUUACAAAUCCAUGAGGAGUCACUGUUUUUGUUCAUCCUGUCUCUCUGUGGGAAACUUCAGUUGUUGCUAAUGGCUAUUGCCAUUAAAGAGCAGGAUGACCCCAAAGCUUUACUGAUAAGGUAGAGAGAAAAGAGGACAAGGAGGGCAGAUGGAUAACCAUUACCUCCCUACGUACAGCCUUUGUUCCUGAGUCCUAGAGUGCUCAGUUGCAGUGCAAUUCAUUGUACUGAAAUGUGCUUCUUGUUUGAAAACUUGUCUGCAUGUGAAUGCCUCCUCCUUCCAAUCCUUUUCUCUCUUAACCUCUGCUUCCACCCUCAAUUGACUUUCAAUAGCUUUUCUCAGAGCUUUGUACUAAAUGUUCUCUUUAGCCAAAACUUGGCCACUUCCACUGAAGUUAUGUCAGUGACAAGAAAGCAGAAAGAUCUGACUCUUUGGAAGGCUCCAUUCAGAUUUAUGUUCAUAUUUCCAUGUAUGAGCCAUAGUGGAGCUUUGUGGCUAGAGUCAGAGGAAAAGGAAGAAGAAGAAUGGCUUAGCCAUUCUCCCUUUAGAGAUAGUGAGUAGUUGAUCCCAUAGUGCAAUCACCCUUUUCUCUUUUAAAGGACCUACAGACUCCAUGAGGCCACAUUCUCCCUGCACAAGUCUUCAGUGUUUGGUGGCCCUGAACUUCACCAUAAUGCAUUUAAGCCAAGGUGGUAAAGCUUGUGCACUUCUUUGGACGUGUUUAUAGACACUGCUGAGAUGCCCCUACCACCACCACCACAAAGGCUAGCAGACCAGCAGCCAUAGCAUCUAUGUUUAGAUGUCAAUAGUAUAAAAGACAUCUCACUCAAUGUCUUUUUCAUCAACAGUCAAUUUCUGGAGCCCUUAGACAAAUUGGAAAGAAAUCAUCAAAGGGACCAGACAAACUGGGCAUCUUGCCCCUGUCCUCCAGAGACAAUAUAUUCCUAUCAAGUGGAUAAAUGUCAAUUUCUUCCUAAGAACAACUAAAGGGACUACCCAGACCAUGGUGGAGGAGAAAACUAAGUAACCCAGCUGGGAAAAAAUGAAGACACUAGAACCAGAAAGCAUAGGAUUUCUUUUUCCUUUCCAUCCAGCAUACCCACCGGCAGAAAUGAUGGAAAGCAGAGAGAAGGCCAGAAGAAAAUACAUACUGCUAAAGUCUUCAGAGGCGAAGUCUAAAGCCAGAUGAACACCAUCUGGCUAGAUGGGCUCCGAUUUGCUCAUCCUCCUCUAUGGAAAUUGCUGGCUGACUUUGGCCAAAGUUACUCGGAAUCUCUAUCAUAGUUGUCGCCUCUCAGUCAGAGGGUGCAGGACCACUAAGACAUUCUAUAGAACCCAUGACUCCCACUGGACAGAUCUGGCCAGUGUGGCUACAAAUAGACUGUACCCACGAACUCAGGGCAUGCCCUGGGUCACUGGUUUCAUGUAAGUCUGUUGGCAGCCUUCUUUAUUGUGGACUCUGUUCCUCAACCUUGAGUACAGGAGGAAUGCCCACCUGCUCUUACCUUUGUAUCAUUGCUCCUCACUCAGCUCUUCACUUCCCUGCAGAGCUUAAGAAAUCAGGGGCCAGGCACCAAGCUGACCAUUUUGGUUGGUAUACUAUGUUAAUUGAAAAGGUGGUUUUCAAGUGACAUGUUUUCUUCCCUGAUUUGUUUGUUGAUAUUAAUAGCCAAACAAACUUGAAAAACAACUUCUUUAACAAGGGAGGGAGAAUAGAAGAUGGGUGAUAUGCUAAUCCAACCCUGCUGGACAAAAACUGAAGCUUAGAGGUUACAUUAAAUAAAAAUAGGGCACUUUCUGAUUUGCUUUGUGAUGAUACCAUCUGAUUGAUGUACAGGAUCUCUCUUAGCUGUACCUUAAGCUGAAAAAAAAAUGACUCUUUAGUUAAAUUAGGUUAUAUUUUAAUAGUUCCUUUACAUCUAUUCUGAAGAAAUUUUUAUCUUCUGUGGUACAUGGAUUUUAUCAUAACAUUCUAAUAUUUGUCUUUUUAAAUACUAGAGACUUCGUUCCAUUUCUGUAGGAAGCUUUUCAUCUUAUGGAGUUCUGAAUCAUGACCCUUGUCUUUAUGAAUGUAUAUGCUUUUUACUUGCAAAAGCCAAAAAUAGUGAAACAGCAGUGCAAUUAAAGCAACACAGACUAAACUCCAAGUUUCCAAGUGACAAUAUUAGAGAAAAACAGCAUACACAUGGCUUUAUGCCUACUGCUUCUGCAAUGGAAUUUGAGUGAACAAUGGAAACUAUAACUUGGCUGUGUUCUCCCACACAAGCAAAGAAGAGAUUGGUUUUUGCUUUUUGCUUUUUGGAUUUUGUGUUUCUUUUCUGUUUGGUUUUGUUUUGCUUUCUUUGGCCAUCAAUGUUCCAGCUAAUAUGAUUGGCAGAGCAAGCACCCUGCUCAGCAGAGUGAAUGUUGCUGAUACACUAUGCUCACCUGUGAACGACUGGCCAUAUAUCCAUUCAUUUGGUUAAUAUGGAAGAUAAGGAUCACUUACUGGACAAGUCAAGGUGAUCAUCUCCAAAGAGGUUUACAGUGCUUGGUGGGAAUGGAAUAUGAGGACAAAAAAAAGAGGAGCACCUUGGAGAAGGCCCAACUGGGCUAGACAGCAGCCAGCUGCCAAAAUCACGAACUCUGCGAUUAAAGAAGAGUCGUGUAGUGUUUUCAACUCCCAUCUGAAGGCAGCUCACUGUGUGUGGACUCUGAGCUGACACUGGAGUUGGCUUCUUUGUUCCAUAGAUUUUUUAUGCCACCAGGCAAUAUUAUUGUUCUUGGAAAGUUCAUUAUUUUUUUAAAUUACCUUACUCUGAGAAAGGAAUUUUUUUUUGAAGGAUUCUGUCAUAUAUCUUUGGAAAACAGAAAAUCAGUAAUAUGUAUAUUUUUAUGUAUGUUCACUGGCACUAAAAAAAAAAAAAAAAAAAAAAAAAAAAAAAAAGAAAAAAAAGAAAAAAAAAGAAGAAAAAAAAAAAAAAACUUCACUCUGUCCUUUGGGUAGUUGCUGAGGUUAAUUGUCCAGGUUGAGAAAUGUGCUUUUGCUAACAUCCUUCUCUGUCCACGCUCUAUUUCUAAACACAUAUAGGUAUACAUAAAAAGAUAUAUUCAACACACUUUAAGAAAAAAGUACAUCCACCAUCCACAUGAUAAUCCGAUACUCCACAAAUUACAUAACUUUAAGCUUCAAGCAACUUCUGUUUCAUUCAGUACAGAUAUAGCCUUGGCCCCUUCUUUCCCUUAAAUUUGGCAUGGCACAAAGGCCCAAGCCACCCUUAUACAUACCUCCCUAAGACUUAUGCCAGCACCACACUUCAGAAGGUUUUCUGAAGGCAACUGACUUGCUAUUCCUGCAUGACCCUAGCAUGGUCCUGCAAACACAAAAGACUAAUUAUAUAUAAUUCUCCUCUACUAACUGUCUGGGUCACAGGUCAUUGGGCCAAGGGCAUGGUUCUUAUGUUUAUGAACCACGAAUGCUAACCUACUAGAUUAAAUUCUGAACCGAAAGUCAUAAGAAGCCAUUCAGCAUGUAAAACUUCUUGAACUAAGAAGUUUCUUUCCUGGCUGCCUUUGCAAACAGGUUUGCUCUCACCACUUAUCUCUUUGAAAAUCUUUGAAGGCCUUUUUUUUUUUAAGUAGAAAAGGAGAUGAAAGCAUUACAUUAUGUAACCAAAGAUUAUAUUGUAUCUGCUAAGAUACCAAAAUUUUUAAGGGCAGGGAAGGAGCAAGCAUUAGUGCCUCUUUGGUAAACUAUCCAAAGACAGACUGAAGGACUUUUCUGAUGACUGACUUAGAAGACUUUGUGGGGAGGGGUUGUAUCACAAUAUACAUAUUUAGAAGUGUUGAGAAUAAUUCGGGGGUAAAUGGGAUUAUAGUGUCCUUCACUAGCUGAUUUUAUAAGCAGAACUAGCUUUCCUUUUUUUAAGUAGUUACAGAGCAAAUUCUUGAAGCUCCAUCUUUGCAUGGUUGGAAAUGGAGCUGGUCUUGGCCACUGUGUUUACUAGUGCCCAUGUUAGUUUAUUUGAAGAUGUGAAGCCCUUGAUGAGAAGGGGUACAUUUAAAGGAUUAGAUUUUUGCACUAGAAGGAGGGCAGGCAGAAACCCUCAUUUCUGCCCAGUUUGGACAGCACAAAAAGUUCUCUGCAGUUUAAGGCAGAAAGUUGAAAUAUAUUGUAAAUGAGUAUUUGUAUCCAUGUUUCAAAACUGAAUUAUAUAUAUAGAUGUAAUGUGUUCUGAUAGCUUUACCUUUCUCUGCACCUUUAUACUUGGUUCCAGGUCAUAUCUGAUGCCAUGUACUUGUAAGAGAGGUUGCAGUUAAAUUUUUGGAUGCUCUCUCAGAAUGGAUAAGACACCUGGAUUGAUCAGAUAACUGAGAUCUCUUCCCUUCUUGGGCCUGGUGUUGAGGCCUUGCAAAGGGAUGGAAGAGAAAAGGGUAGGGUACAUGAUGUAUUGCACUUUACUAGCUUAAGACGGAUGAAUGUGGAAAGGGUGGUGAAAUUUCAUUGAAAUUGCCUGGGAAAUUGCAAUAGGGAGAAAUCCAGAUGUGGGGCCAGGUGCCCACUCAAAGGACUGGCCAGCAGCCACUUCAUGGGAUCUGAGGCAUUAUGAAAAGGAAGGCUAUUUCCUUGGUUUUCACCAUUCUUGUUAGAGAAGGGCAGUUGCCUGAUCUUGGGAACCUGGAGCAAAUGCUCCUUCUGUCACAUCAAUUCUUUCCCCUGCAAUUGAGGUGCUCUUGCUACUGGGUGUCUGUGUGCUCUAAUUCUGGUUUUGGAUAUGUUCUGUAAAGAUUUUGAUAAUUGAUAAUGUAUUUUUCUCUGUUAAAAAUUUGUUAGUGUGUUAGAAGUCAUAUCUCUAUAGGUACAGGUCCUUUGCUUCUCAUGAGUAGAGGGAUUUUUUUUUCUUCAAUUAAGAGUUUGACCCUGGGGUCUGUUGCCCGGAGCCCAUCCAGAAUGCACAUUUGUCACAAUUUUUCUGAAAUUUCAGUCAAGGUAACAAAUCACUGGGAGUUCUCUUACCCCUCAAAAAAAGUAGAUAAUUGAAUUUAGCAGGUGGUAUUUUAGAGCAAAAAACAAAACAGCCUUUGACCCAGCUUUAAUAUGACCCAAUUUAAUCUGGCCAGGAAGCAGGUAAUGUGUAUUAAUUGGUUUCCGAUCCUGGUUGAGUGUAGCAGAUUCCGCUUUGUUUCCUAGUUCCUUUUGUUACUUGGCCUUUCACGGAAUGAAACGAGAAGAUGUGAAAUGGGCAGCACUGGUAAUCUGGAACAGUUUCCAUAUGAGCUACUCAGUAAGACUGUUAUUUAGCUGCAGAUACUGUUGGCCAACAACAAUUGGAGCACAUACGUAUACAUUACCUAAAGGAAAAACAGUUCUGAAAUGCUGCUGUUUCUCUGCAGGCACUCUGUCUGUCUGCUGCCUCAUAGUUUGAGUCACUGUAUUCUAAAUAACAGAUUGACCGGUUUGCAGUAUCUUAUGGCCUUAGCACCUGGUGCUAACUGCCCUGCAAGGAAUUACCUAUGGGGUUGUCCUAUAAGCCACUUCCGUCAUUGAAAGCAGCCACCAAUGGAAUACCCCAUGUUAAAAAAACAAAAACAAAAAUAAAAAAAAAAAAAAACAAAGAUGGUCCUUUACCACUCUUUGACACACACCCCUGCUUUCCUCUAGACAGAUAGACUGGACAUUGAUUAGGGAAUACAUAGCAAGUGACAUGCUUACACUGCUCUGGAGAUUCAUUUGGCAGUAGGAGGGAAUAGACAAUGUAAGUAGAGAUAUGAAUUAAAUCUGGAUGUAGAGAGAGCAAAGAGAGAAAGCAUUCAAAUUUUUUUCAAAAGAAGAAACCAAUUUAUUUUGCUUGAAACUUCUUUUGCCGGGGCUUCAGUUCUCACAGCGGCACUUGGUCUCCACUGGGCAGCAGGACCAGCCCCAAGCGCUAGUGUUCUGUUCUCUUUUUGUAAUCUUGGAAUCUUUUGUUGCUCUAAAUACAAUUAAAAAUGGCAGAAACUUGUUUGUUGGAA